ACUAGUCAAUGAUUCUUGCGUUGAAAUCCCACUCGCCGUCGUCCAUCGCUACGGCCGUCGUCUUUUAGUAAAAAAAAACUACAUAUAUUCAUCAUUGUAUCUUUCUUCUCUAUUUUCCCAUCUAAUUAUAUUUACAAAAGGAGCGACCUUGGGUUGAGUUUUCCGGCACCUUCAACCAUUUAUCUAAACCACCUUCAACCUCCUUGAUCCGAUGACGACCGCAGCUAGACCAACAUGGGCGCCGGCUAAAGGUGGAAACGAACAAGGCGGUACUCGAAUUUUCGGUCCCUCUCAAAAGUACUCAUCCAGAGAUAUCGCAUCGCACACCACUCUCAAACCUAGGAAAGACGGGCAGGAUACACAAGAUGAAAUAAAGAGAAGGAACCUACGUGAUGAACUUGAUGAACGUGAAAGGAGGCACUUCUCAUCAAAAAAUAAAUCUUAUAACGAUGAUAGGGAUUAUGGAAAGGGUAGCCAUCUAUUUCUCGAAGGAACAAAAAGAGACAUUGAUGAUCACAUUGUUCCACGAAGUGUUGAUGCAGAUGAUUCUGAUGUUGAAGUCAACAGCGAUGAUGAAAGUGAUGAGGAUGAUGAUGAGGAUGACACUGAAGCUUUGCUGGCCGAGCUUGAACAAAUAAAGAAGGAAAGGGCAGAGGAAAAGAUGCGCAAGGAACGACUACAACAAGAAGAAGAUCUCAAAGUAAAGGAGGCAGAGCUUAUGCGUGGAAACCCAUUGAUAAAUAAUCCUACAUCUUUCAAUGUCAAAAGAAGGUGGGAUGAUGAUGUGGUGUUCAAAAACCAAGCCCGUGGUGAAACCAAGCUUGCUAAGCGAUUUAUAAAUGACACCAUCAGGAAUGAUUUCCAUAGGAAGUUCCUGCACAAAUACAUGAAGUAAGAACACUUAUGUCAGAAACCUCAAGAAACUUAUUUACAGUUUGUACCUAAAUGUAUUAUUAACUGUUGAUGGGGUUACAUUGGUGUUUUCCUAUUUGUAUUUGAACACUUGUUGUAGUUAACUUGUUCUAUGCUGAUAAUGCUAUUUAGAUUUAAGAA